UCUCCCUCCAAUUUGCUUUAAUUCUUGUAUUUUUUUUAUUUUUUUUUUCAUGAAUAUUUAGUUAAUUUAUUCACACGCCAAUCCAUAUGCAGUGUGAACCUCAACGCUUCCCAUAUUCAAUCAACGAAAACUUUCUUUCCAAACACCACUCCAUUUUCUCGUCACUGUCCUUCAAGAAAUUGACCAAAAUGGCUCUACAACCCAUCAACCAAGCUAACGAAAACAGCCCAUAUGGAGAUCUCACCAGAGAACAAUUUCUCAAAAAGCAUCAAAUCCUCCACCAAGAAUCCUACAUGUUUAACAAAAAGAACAUGAAAAUUUUCACUCAAACAUGGCGCCCCGAUUCCCCCGGACCUCUCAAAGGCCGCGUCGCCAUGAUCCACGGCUACACCAGCGACAGCAGCUGGGUAUCCGAGCUCACUGCCGUCGCCAUAGCCAAAACCGGAUUCCUCGUCUGUGCUCUCGACCUCCAAGGCCACGGCUUCUCCGACGGCUACCCCGGCCACAUCCCAAACACCGAACAUAUAGUUCAAGAUUGCAUCCAAUAUUUCGACUCUGUUAAAACAAACCACCCAAAGUUGCCGUCAUUUCUCCACGGCGAAUCCCUCGGUGGUGCAAUAUCAAUUCUGAUCUGUUUAGAACAAAAAUACGAAUGGGACGGUUUGAUUUUGAGCGGUUCAAUGUGUGGAGUUUCAGCCAAAUUUAAGCCAAUGUGGCCAUUGGAGAAGCUACUUCCAGUGGCGGCGCUGUUUGCGCCGAAAUGGAAAGUGGUGGUGUCGAAGCCGGUGGCGAGCAAGUCGUACAAGGAGGAAUGGAAGAGGAGAUUGGUGGCAAGGAACCCGAAUCGGCGGACUUCGGGGAAGCCGCCAGCGGCGACGGCGUUGGAGUUCUUGAGGGUGUGUGAGUAUAUAAAGAGGCAUUGCCAUGAACUGGAGGUGCCAUUGCUGAUGUUGCAUGGGGAGAACGAUGCGAUAUGUGAUCAUGAAUCGGCGAGGCUUGUGUACGAAUCGGCGGCGAGUGAGGAUAAAACAUUGAAGAUUUUUCCGGGAUUAUGGCAUAUGUUGAUUGGGGAAAAUGAGGAAGAUGUUGAGGUUGUUUUUGGGAUUGCGCUGUCGUGGAUUGCAGAAAGGGCAGGUAAAGCUAAAGCUAAAGCUAAAUCAAAUAUAAAUUAAUUAAAAAUAAUUCUAUUGAAUUACCUUAAUUAAUUAGUCCUCUUUCUUGUAUGAUCUUAUUUUCCUUAAUUUUAUCUUUUAAAAUGUGUUGUCUUGGUGGAAUACAGACCAAGUUAAUAUGCUAUAUUCUGAUGGAGAAUAGUGGUAAUUCUAUUACAAAUUCAAGUUUUAUUUAGAUUAAUAUUAGAUUAUGGAGAUGAAAGUAUUCUAUUUUGGUUUUCAAUAUCAUAUGCAGAUUUCAAACAUUUCAAGCAAUCCAACUUCAUCUACUACACUUAAUUUGAUAACCUCAAAUAAUUCUCCGGGAUUUUAGAUCUAUAGGCCGAGUAAGAACUUCAGUGGUUACCUUUGUUGGCACCCAAGAAGAGAUUUGAACUCAUGACCUCUUGAUAAUACACUAAAGAGUUUCCAUCAAAUCACCCGAUCACCCAGAAAUAAUUCAUGCAUGAAUAUUCAAUUCAUUUAUAUUUUAA